AUGGGAGUAGAGCACCCUGCUCCUGCUUACCAUCUUAUUUUAGAAGGAAUUCUAAUCCUCUGGAUAAUCAGACUUCUUUUCUCUAAAACUUACAAAUUGCAAGAACGAUCUGAUCUUACAGUCAAGGAAAAAGAAGAAUUGAUUGAAGAGUGGCAACCAGAACCUCUUGUUCCUCCUAUCUCAAAAGACCAUCCUGCUCUCAACUACAACAUUGUUUCAGGCCCUCCAAGCCACAGCAUCGUGGUGAAUGGAAAAGAAUGUAUAAACUUUGCCUCCUUUAAUUUUCUUGGAUUGUUGGAUAACCCUAGAGUCAAGGCAGCAGCUUUGGCAUCUCUAAAGAAGUAUGGUGUGGGGACUUGCGGACCUAGAGGAUUUUACGGCACAUUUGAUGUGCACUUGGAUUUGGAAGACCGCCUUGCAAAAUUUAUGAAGACAGAAGAAGCCAUUAUCUACUCGUAUGGAUUUGCCACCAUAGCCAGUGCUAUUCCUGCUUACUCUAAGAGAGGGGACAUUGUGUUUGUAGAUAGAGCUGCCUGCUUUGCUAUUCAGAAAGGAUUACAGGCAUCGCGUAGUAACAUUAAGUUAUUUGAGCAUAAUGAUAUGGCUGACCUGGAGCGACUGCUAAAAGAACAAGAGAUCGAAGAUCAAAAGAAUCCUCGCAAGGCACGUGUAACUCGACGUUUUAUUGUAGUUGAAGGCUUGUACAUGAAUACUGGCACCAUUUGUCCUCUUCCAGAAUUGGUUCAGUUAAAAUACAAAUACAAAGCCAGGAUCUUUCUGGAGGAAAGCCUUUCGUUUGGAGUGCUGGGGGAGCAUGGCCGAGGAGUCACUGAGCAUUUUGGAAUCAAUAUCGAUGAUAUUGAUCUCAUCAGUGCCAACAUGGAGAAUGCACUUGCUUCCAUUGGGGGCUUCUGCUGUGGCCGGUCUUUUGUAAUCGACCAUCAGCGCCUUUCCGGUCAGGGAUACUGCUUUUCUGCCUCGUUGCCGCCCUUGUUAGCUGCUGCUGCCAUUGAGGCCCUCAACAUUAUGGAAGAGAAUCCAGGUAUUUUUGCAGUGUUGAAGGAAAAGUGCAAACGAAUUCAUAAAGCUUUACAAGGCAUUUCUGGGCUGAAAGUGGUGGGGGAGGCCCUGUCCCCAGCCUUCCACCUGCAGCUGGAAGCCAGCACUGGGUCCCGUGAGCAGGAUGCCAAGCUGCUGCAGGAGAUCGUCCGGCAGUGCAUGGACCGGAGCAUCGCCCUCACCCAGGCGCGCUACCUGGAGAGAGAAGAGAAGUGCCUCCCGCCUCCAAGCAUCAGGGUGGUGGUCACCGUGGAGCAGACGGAGGAGGAGCUGGAGAAAGCUGCGGCCACGAUCAAGGAGGUAGCCCAGGCGGUCCUGGUCUAGUCCCGGAGGCUCAGGGCUGGCCGCCAGCACACAGCCUCGCCACGCGUCGGAGGCCUGCACCAACUGACUGGGCAUCGGGCACGGUG